AUGGCUCCCAACGUCACCAUUCGCAACGUCAGCAACAACCCUUUGACCCUGGUCCUGGUCGAGCAUUUCGAUCCUGCGCCAGAUGAGGGCUUUCAGAUGCAGAAUGUCACAAUGUCGUUGGCUUCGGUGACCAACAGCCUCGGCCUGACCAACAGCACCACAAGGAGAGAGGUGCCGCAGAUCGAUGCUGAUGCCAGACCCUUUGCAACACGAGAGGUCUCAAUCAAACUACCACCUUUCACGGUCGUGCCCACUGAUGUCAAGCCUGUCAUUAAGAACCCCAAUGAACGCCUCAGGCUGACGUUCCAGACUGAGCUUGGAGGCAAGCAUCAAAUGUACUGUCCCGUGCCGACGAAAGAAACCGCGUCAUUGGUCGCAUUGGCUCCGAAUCCCAAGAUGCGCUUCACCGGCAUCUAUCUGCCCAACUCGUCCUACGUCGCGCUGUUCAACACCUCGACUCUAGAGUCUUGGAUGAAGGAAUUGCCAGACGACAUCCCCCUGGGGGCGUUGUCCAUUCCAGGCACACACAACUCUCCGACAAACCACAAUGCACCUCCCUCGGUGAGAUGCCAGGCUGUCUCACCCAAGGAACAACUAGCAAAUGGAGUACGGUUCUUCGACGUGCGCGUCCAAGUGCCCGAGCCCUACGACCCUAAUUCAGACAAGCUCCAUCUUGUCCAUUCGGCCUUUCCAAUAGCCUUAUCAGGGACGAAGUACUUUCGAGACCUAUACAACACCAUCCUGCAAUUCUUGAAAGAGCACCCCAGUGAGACCCUGAUUCUCUCCCUGAAACGGGAAGGAACCGGCAAAGGCACCGAUGAGCAACUGUCACGCAUCCUUAAGGAUCAUUACACCAAUCCACGCGAGUGGUUCACCGAACCUCGUGUCCCUUCGCUAGGCGAGGUUCGAGGACGCAUUGUCCUGCUCCGUCGCUUCGUCCUGGAAGAAGCACUCCGCAAGGAAUGGAACGGGCGUGGCUGGGGGAUUGACGCCCAUGUCUGGGCAGACAACACGCCCAACGCUAUGUGCCCCUCUGGCGAUGUUUGCGUACAGGACUUCUACGAGGUCCUCGAGAGACCAACGGUCGAGAAGAAGAUUCAGUAUGCGAAGGAUCAUCUCGAGCGCAGUGGUUGUUGCAAGUUCGAUCAAGCGAAUGCGCAGGCUCAUGGAGGCGAGAAGUAUCCUCUCUAUGUGAACUUCUUGAGCGCGAGUAACUUUUGGAAAGUCGGUACCUGGCCAGAAAAAAUCGCGGCCGAGGUCAAUCCUGCAAUCACCGCACAUCUGUGUCAGAACCACAUGUUGGGAGACCAAGGCCGUGUCAAAGAUGGAGAUUGGUCCACUGGUAUUGUGGUGACAGAUUGGGUAGGCCUGGGCGGCGAUUGGGAUAUCGUGCGCUGCAUCGUUGGAAUGAACUCGAAGUUGGUUCGCUAG